UUUAUCCCAAAAUUCUCCUUAGCGCUGUUUUAAAGCCAUAUUUCCACACCCUUUUCCUCUUCAUAAAUCUCAAGCCUUUCUCAUUUUCCGAACAUCGGAAAAUAUGAGUGAUUCUCCGAAGCACCCGCAUCCAUCGGAUAAAGAUCAAGAGCCGAAAGCUCAACGGCUAUGUGACUACUGUGGCGACUCCACUGGUUUGCUUUACUGCCGAGCUGAUUCUGCGAAGCUCUGUUUCUCUUGUGAUCGUGAAGUUCACUCUACCAACCAGCUCUUCUCGAAGCAUACUCGAGCUCUGCUCUGCAAUGCCUGCGACGGUUCGCCUGCCACAAUACUCUGUUCUACCGAAAGCUGCGUUUUCUGCCAGAAUUGUGAUUGGGAACGCCACAACCUUUCGCUGUCUUUGGUGCACGAUAGGAGGCCGCUCGAGGGCUUCACGGGGUGUCCUUCCGUGACUGAGUUGUUAACGAUUCUGGGUUUUGAAGAUUUGGGGAAGAAAACCCUGUUUUCGACUGAGGACUGCGGAGGAUGUGGCGUCGGUGACGGUGAUGGGUUAGUAGGAUCUGAGCUUGAGGAGGGCCUUUCGGAUUUGUUGGUAUGGGAUGCUCCUGCUGUUGUUAGUCUUGACGAUUUGAUAACUUCUACAGGCUCGUCUCACAAUUAUCAGGCCAUGGAGGUUCCUCCUCUGCCUAAGAACCGGAAGGCUGCUUGUGGUCAACACAAGGAAGAAAUCAUUAGUCAACUUCGUGAGCUUGCAAAGUCGGAGCCCAGCUUGAAUUUUGGAGAUGUAGAUACUGAACGACUGAGCACCAGGCACCCCACGGUCCCUGAACAGUAUUUGCAGUUGGAAAGUUUUUCCACAGGCUUUGAACAUGACUUCGAAGCUGAUAUUUUUGCUUCGUGCGAGACAAGUGUUUUUGAGGGGCCUAGAGAUAGUGAGACUGCAAAUCAAGUUGUUCGUCCUAAUACGCCGUUGAGAACUUAUAAAGAGGGAGUUCAUGAUUUACAUUCAAUUUCCAAUGUCUGUGAGGGUCCUACCUAUCUUAACAAUGGUGGACAACUGCCAAACUCUUUUGACUCCGAAAACUUGUCCACCACGCCAAAAGUUGCUCCAUAUGAGCUGACAAGUCAAGAAAGAGACUCUGCGUUAUUACGUUACAAGGAGAAGAAGAAAACAAGAAGAUUCGACAAGCAUAUUAGGUAUGAAUCACGAAAAGUUCGGGCAGAAAGCAGGACAAGAAUCAAGGGUCGUUUUGCCAAGAUAGAAGAACACUGAAGUUGUUGGUAUAACGUCAGAACUGCAAUGUUUAUGCAAGAUUAUUAUUAUUAUUUUUUUCUACAAGCUAUUUUGUACAUAGUGAACUUGUAUUUCAUGUUGCAUUAAACAAUUAUCCUUUGAGCUAGAGCUUUAGAUGAUAUGUGGAGCUAUUGUAGCGAUACAUAGAAUGACAGUACAGUUUUUCCAUGUAAUGAUAGUUUGGGAAGCUAAAGCUCAGUUUUUGAGGUUUUCAGGACACAAUUUAUAAUUUGGCUGCAUCUUGUUAUAA